AUGUCUUCGACGGGUUCAGGCUACUCGGCCACCGAUAUCAUCACCUUUAUUGGUAUUCCCUUAGCCGUCCUUGGCGUCUUGCCUAUCCUAUACAACACCGUCGCAACGCUAGCCGCCCUAUCUAAGAUUAAGCGCAUGCUUAGACACGGUCGUUUAACAGCAUUAACGCGUAGCGAUGUGGUGAACCGAGUAAUAGAGGUGGAAUUACCACGAUAUGCUGUCACGCCAUGUGAUCGCUUCGAGGAGACUGAGCUAUACUGGCGGCCCUCUCGGCAACCUAGCUCUAUUCCCGGUGGAUCGUGGACUACUUUCAACUGGCAGACUCGCGCUAUCGGCGCUAAAACUCAGCGUGUGGAAUACGCGGACCAGCUUCGACAACCACAGGUCGACGUAGCAUUUGACAAACUCAUCGCGUAUUUACUAGACCUAGGUGCCAUCCCUGAUGCGCACGGCUGGAAACUAUUGCGUUCGACGGGGCUAUGGACCCCCACGGGUUGCUCGUUACUGAAGUCACCUGAUGGGCAGCAUGAGGCUUUGACUAUCGCUCCUCUAGACGAUUCCGAUGGACAUCUGUCUCUUAAGGCGAAUUGGUCAUCGCAUUGGACAACUCGGGAUUUCUCUUCCUUACCCCCUUAUUGGGUAAGGCUUCUACCACCGCCUCAACCAGAACCAUCUGAGAUUACUAGAGGGGUUGGCCCCGAAGAGACGCCUUCUUCUGCUCAGGGAGAGGCCGAAGAGGGUGAUAUAGAAAAGGGUAAGGAGAAAAGGCAUAGUAGCUUACACAAAGAAUCUCUCGACUCGAUUCAAAAGCAGGCUGAGAAUAACUCUAGAGCAACUAUAACAUGCCAGAUAUCCGUUGAAGGCCUAAUAUCUGCGAAGAGUCAGGAGGAUGAAGCCGUAGGAUCGCCUAUAAAUCUACAAAACCUUUAUAUUGAGCAUCUUCGGAUCCGCCCUGGCAAGACCGAUGGCAUUUGGUUUUCUAGCGUCGCGACAGCUUAUGGGACUACGAGCCAAACCGUGCUAUGGAACUACAAAAUCCCCGAUGAGAUUCUCAACUUUGCCCGGCGGGACAGUCUACCCUGUGGUAUACUUGUACUCCUAGGCGUUGUGGAUGCCUCACAGACACCUGAGUGGGCUACCAACUAUAACGGACAAGAAGAGGCUCGAGAUCUAUUCUUCAGACGCAGUGCCGACCAGCGCGCCGCUAUAAUGGCCGAGUCGAAGAUGACCCCUCCUCAGCGGGAAAUUGCUGCUCGAGAUCGGAUGCAGAGGGAGAUGAACCAGAGAUUACAAGACAUGCGCGACCAUUCAAGGCUCGAGAACCAGCGUCGCGAAACGCGCACGUCCGAGGCGCUGCAGAGCCCAAAAUGGGACACGAAGCUUGUGGCCGAGCAUAAUCUGCACUGGCUCAAGCGGAACCAGGAACUUGCGAUCGCUAGCGGCGUUAACAUUACUUCUGACACAACUCUCAGGGACGUGGUAGGCUCGCUACUACACCGGAUGAUCCUUGAUGGCCAGUUCGCCUCGUCGAUUUGCAAGAUGCUCGACCUGUGGAAAUCCUGGGCCGAUAACGGCGGCAUGAGGAGGUCUGAUUUGGAAGCAUUGCGAGAAGAUCAAGUAGUCUUUGCUUUGGCUAGUCUGCUGGUUGCUCUGGUUAAGGAUACUUCUACAGCACAUGAGGGCACGCUGUCCUUGGAUUUGCAGGAAUGUCUGCAGAUGUGGAAGAUUGUGAGACUGGGAUGA